AUACAGUCAGGACUGUCGUCCGCACACCCCAGGACAGUCUUCAAAGGCUGAGGGAUUCUUUGAGAGCCAAGCAAAUGUCUAAUUAGCCCAUCGAUGCUUCUACAAGGCAAUUAAUUACAGAGCAAUACUGACGGCGGGUGAAUUUCUGAGACAAUGCGCUCAGAUGUAAAAUAGGGGUUUUCUUGCUAAAAAAAAAAGGGAAGCCUUCUUGAAUGAUUGGUUGCUGGUGACAGAUUGAGAAAAUCAGCCUUUCUAAAGCUGUUAAGAAACAAGAGCCUCUCUGCGAAAAACUAUUUAAGAGGAAAUCACUUGCCAAAUUUCCCUGUGUAAACAAAACCCAAACAUGGUGUAUGAAGAAAUUGUAGCAAAAGGGAAAUAUUAAUUAGAAAAAAAGUUGCAGAUGCCAGGGAGAUGUGGUACUGGACCGGUUUCUUGAGAAGACUGGAACUAAGGAGCCGCACAAUCAGGACCGCUGAUUUGUCUUUGGAGGAGAGCCCACCACCCUUUCACAGCAAAGGAAAGAGAGACUCGCGCCAGGAUGACAGAGGCCAGCAUGAAGAUCACAGUCCCUACGGAGAGCUAUGACAUGACAACAGAAUAUGACUAUGGAGACGUCACCCCGUGCCAGAAGGGGGCAGAGAGGGCCUUCGGGGCCCAGCUGCUGCCCCCGCUGUACUCGCUGGUGUUUGUCAUUGGCCUCGUGGGCAACAUCCUGGUGCUCUUGGUCCUAAUGCAGUACAAGAGGCUCAAGAGUAUGACCAGCAUCUACCUCCUCAACCUGGCCAUUUCUGACCUGCUCUUCCUCGUCACGCUGCCCUUCUGGAUUGACUACAAGCUGAAGGAUGACUGGAUUUUCGGGGACGGCACCUGUAAGCUGCUCUCGGGGCUUUAUUACAUCGGCUUGUACAGCGAGAUCUUCUUUAUCAUCCUGCUGACGGUGGACCGGUACCUGGCCAUCGUCCACGCCGUGUUCGCCCUUCAGGUUCGCACCGUCUUCUUCGGCAUCCUCAGCAGCGCUUUGGCCUGGGUCCUGGCCAUCUUGGCCGCCGUCCCGGGCUUUCACUUUUCUAAGAUCCAACGGGAGUUCUCUCAUACUACCUGCAGCCUCCACUUCCCUCAUGAAAGCCUCAAGGCCUGGAAACGGUUCCAGGCUCUGAAGCUGAACACACUCGGGCUGGCCUUGCCUCUGUUGGUCAUGAUCAUCUGCUACAUGGAGAUCAUAAGGAUUCUGCUCAGAAGACCAAACGAGAAGAAGGCCAAAGCCGUCCGCCUGAUUUUUGUCAUCAUGAUCGUCUUCUUUCUCUUUUGGACCCCCUACAACCUGGCCAUGCUGGUCUCUGCCUUCCAAGGCACGUUCUUCACCGAUGAGUGCCGGCAGAGCAAACAGCUGGACGUGGCCUUGCAGGUGACGGAGGUGAUCGCCUACACGCACUGCUGUGUCAACCCUGUCAUCUAUGCCUUUGUGGGGGAGAGGUUCCGAAGGUACCUGCGCCAGCUCUUCCACAGGACCCUGGCUGUGCGCCUGGUGAAAUGGCUCCCCUUCCUCUCCACGGAGAGGCUGGAGAGGGCCAGCUCCGUGUCCCCCUCCACAGCGGAGCAUGAACUCUCUGCGGGGUUCUGACUCGGGCCCCUGGAGGCCCAUGCAGACCCCAGCCGGGGUGACCUGCCGGGCAUGCUGACCCGAGCUGAGGCAGUUUGGGUCUCCUGGCCAGAUUCGGACACCUGACAUACCACGGAAUUGCAGCCACGCAGGGGGUGAGCGAAUUUAAAGGCAGUGUAGACAAAAUUCCCUCCCAGCCAUGAGUUCUCCAAGAACGUCUCCCUGGUAGGAAGGAGAUGAACGAGCCAAACGGGACAUUCCAGAAGACUGGGGCCAAGGGUGCCCAUGAAUCCAAACAGGAUUUCAGAUAUGUGAACAUUAACACUUGUAUACAGAGACCUGUGCCCACCCCCACCACACACACCC